AUGUUAGAAGGAGAGGUAAAAUAUCGCAGUCGAGCUCUUACCAAAUACGUACCGAAAUGGACAGCCAGAUAUCGAAAGUUGUUGCAGGAAGAAAAAAGAAGAUUAGAAAAGGAUGGUUCUGCGGUUUAUCCUAACUUAAAGACAGAAAAGUGGAAAAAUGUCGGGCUUCAGGCAUGCAAU